AUGGUUCAGCAUCUUCCCUCUGCCUCUGCAAUCACAGUGCAGUCUCUGCCUCUUUCGAAAGGAUCCAAGGUCGACUUUGGCGCCCAGAUCUGCGGUGCAGACCUCGAAAACAUCUCGGCGGCCGACUUUGACGUGAUCCGAAACGCCUUGUACACACACCAGCUCGUCGUGUUUAAAGAUCAGGCGCAACUCUCGGCUGAGGCUCAGUACAAUCUCACACGCCUCUUUGACCCCGAGUCGGAGAGCUAUGGCCAUGGCAAGGCGGUCGGCAACAAGAGCGUGCUCCACCCGGACUUGAAGACAGUGCCGCGUCAGCCUCAAGUCCAGGUCAUCGGCAACGGCCCAGUAGCUCGCUACGAAGGUCUCGAGAACAUCACUCUCAAGCACCCGCACCACCGCACCUUCCACCGCCACCCCGUCCCGAUCGAGGACGACCGAACCGUCACCCGCUUCUACCGAUGGCACAUCGACGCCGCGCUCUACGGCUUGGAGCCGCCCAAAGUGACCAGCUUGAUGGCGGUCAAGGUGCCGAAAACAGAAUACCAAGUGCUCAGCUACGACGACGGCAGCGAAGACAAGCUCUCGGUGCCGCGAGGCUCGACCGUGUUUGCCAGCUCGUACCGUAUCUAUGACCUGCUCAGCGAAGAGGACAAGAAGUUUGCGCGCGAGACCAAAGUGCAGUAUGCACCGCAUCCCUACGUAUGGAUGGCUGACGCCAAGUCGCGCAGCGACGGACUUGGCAUGUUGUCCGAGGGGCUCGAGCUGGACCGAUCCCGUCUUCCAGAGGUCGACGAAUCCAAGAUCAAAGUCUACCCCAUGUGCUGGCGAAACCCAGUGACGGGCAAAUUGGCGCUGCAGGUGCAUCCGUCGGCGAUCGAGAAGCUCCACCUGGCCGAUGGAAGCGUUAUCGACGAUCUGGAGCAGGUGCGAGAGAUCGUGCACCGGCUGCAAAGACCUGGCAUCGCCCCCGAGCUCGUGUACGCCGUCGACUGGGACGAGGGCGACCUGGCGCUGUUCAACAACCACGGCGUUCUGCAUUCAGUCACCGGCUCGUUCAACCCGGACGAGGUCAGGAUCUUCCGACAGUGCAACUUGGCUGCUAGCGAGCCUCCUCUUGCCCCUUGA